AUGUCCAUUUCCAACAUCACGAUCUUCAUGCCCUCUGUGUUGACACUAGUAGGAAUCCCAGGUCUAGAGUCUGUGCAGUGCUGGAUUGGGAUCCCAUUCUGUGCCAUGUACCUCAUUGCUAUGAUUGGAAACUCCUUGCUUCUGACUAUCAUAAAAUCAGAACAAAGUCUCCAUGAGCCCAUGUAUAUUUUCCUAGGCAUACUAGGAGCCACAGAUAUUGCACUUGCUACCAGCAUAAUGCCCAAGAUGCUUGGAAUCUUCUGGUUUCAUGUGCCAGAUAUCUAUUUUGAUGCCUGCUUUCUCCAAAUGUGGCUCAUUCACACAUUUCAGUGCUUUGAGUCAGGGACUUUGUUGCCCAUGGCCCUGGACCGUUAUGUUGCCACUUGUUAUCCACUAAGACAUGCCACUAUCUUCACCCACCAGCUAGUAAUCCAAAUAGGUACUGUGGUAAUAGUCAGGGCUGCCAUUCUUGUAGCUCCAUGCCUAGUACUGAUCAAGUGCCGGCUUAAAUUGUAUCACACAACAGUCAUUUCUCACUCCUACUGUGAGCACAUGGCUAUUGUGAAACUAGCUGCAGAAAAUGUGCAGUUCAAGAAGAUCUAUGGUUUGUUUGCGGCCUUCACUGUUGCAGGGUUUGACCUCACAUUCAUCACUUUGUCCUACAUCCAGAUAUUGACCACUGUUUGUUUGCCCCAGAAGGAAGCUAGAUUGAAAACAUUAGAUACCUGCAUCACUCAUAUCUGUGUCUUCCUCCAAUUCUACCUCCUGGCCUUCUUCUCCUUCUUCACACACAGGUUUGGUUCUCAUAUCCCCCCUUAUAUCCAUAUUCUCUUUUCUAGCAUUUACUUGCUUGUCCCUCCAUUUCUCAAUCCACUUGUUUAUGGUUUAAAAGUCAAGCAGAUUAGUAGUUAUGUGGUGAAAAUAUUCUGUCCUAAAAAUACCUGA